CUGCAGAAUCAAGCGGACCACGCCCCAGGUUUCAGAAUGGGAGUUAAAGACUUGUGGAGUCUCCUGGAUAGAGUCAAGCAAGUGAAGUCUCUUGAAGAACUGUCAGGUCAAGCCAUAGCAGUCGACCUAAGCUCAUGGGUUAUUCAAAGUGAACUGAAGAUGAAUCGAAUUGCUAACCCUGUCAAGUCACCACAUCUGAGAAAUCUUUUCUUCCGGACAGCAUGCUUGUUGGAGAAUGGUAUCACUCCAAUAUUUGUAUUAGAUGGAGAAGCCCCAAGUGUCAAAGGAAAGUGUCUCAUUAAACGCGGAUCUUCCUCUAAACAGAGACGAUAUUUAAGAGAAAAGCUUUCAGAGUGUUGUGAUUUACUUGCCUGCCUUGGUGUACAAUUUGUGUGGAGUCGAGGAGAGGCAGAGGCUUUGUGUGCUCAACUCAAUGCAAACAAGUGUGUUGAUGCCUGUAUGACAGAAGAUGGUGAUGCAUUUCUAUAUGGCGCUACAAAAGUGUAUCGUUUCUCCAUGGAAGAGAAGACAGUUAAUGCUUAUGAAAUGAAAGACAUUGAAAAGGAGUUGAAUUUGAAUCAGCGUAAUUUGAUUGGGCUGGCCCUACUAACAGGGUGUGACUAUUAUGAUGGGGUUGAGAAUGUUGGUGUUGAAAAGGCACAUUCAUUGGUCAAGAAGUUGCCUCCAGGGACAGACUUAAUUCAGAGAUUUAUUGAAUGGAAAACUGAAUCUGAAAGGUACAAAACUCUACAAGGAUACAAGGAUGCAAAGAAGCCAGCUCAUUGUGGGAACUGUGGACACCCUGGAAGCAAACCCAUACAUGAACAAAAUGGCUGCCAAGUUUGCGGAACUGAGAUGUCAUGCUUGGAGCAGGAUUCAGACUCUGUAUGUCAAUGUAAUUGGCAUUUGAAUCAUUCCAAUUUUAAAAGUCAUUCAUUGGAGAUGCGCCUUCGUAAAAGGGCUGUUGAAGCUGAUGGGUUUCCUCCCCAGGAGGUUAUUGAUGAGUUUUUGAAGCCAGACAUAGGAAAUGUCGAUAAAAAUGUGGAUUGGCAGAGACCAAAACUCAAAGAUAUGAUUGAUUUUGGUGAAGAAUGGUUAAACUGGACAAGUGACAAAGUUAUAAAAAAGGUGCUGCCUCUUUUAAUUGCUUGGCAAAUGCAAGUACCAAGAUCUACAGCAGUCCGUAAUCAAGCAAAACAUUUUGUGAUUCCACACAGGAUUGUUAAGGAGAGGAUUUUGAAGUCAGUAGCCAAAUAUGAAGUGGAGUGGAACAAAUUAGAUGAGGAUGUAUGGACCAAAGAUGAAUAUUAUGUUACUUUGGUGAGAAAGGAUGCAUUCAAUCAGCAGUUCCCUGAGAAGUUGAGUGAAUACAACAAGUUAAAAGAAGAAAAUGUUGCCCAAAAAGCUGCCAAGAAGCGUGCAAAAUCUCCCAGAAGUAGUGCCAAGAAGAGGAAAACAGACACAGUGUUGGAGGGACAAUCACAAAUGAAGCAUUAUUGGACCCAUAAGACAAGAGUCAGAAGGAAUCUCUUUGAUGUGAGUACAUCAGAGUCAACAGCUGUGAACUUCCAAACAAAGAUAAGUGAGACACCAGAACAUAAUAGACCAAAGGCUGGUCACCUUGGUAAAGAAGCAGUUACAUUAAUUGACAUUGGCACUGAAAACGAGAUAAUCUCAAAGGAAAAAUUAUCCAAGUCAGACAAUACAUCAGAGUCUGAUAUAAAGAUCUCUACAACGAUGGGUGACACACCAGAGCAUAAUGGACCAAAGGCUGGUCCCCUUUGUAAAAAAGCAGUUACAUUAAUUGACAUUGGGACUGAAAACGAGAUAAUCUCAAAGGAAAAAUUAUCCAAGUCAGACAAUACAUCAGAGUCUGAUAUAAAGAUCUCUACAACGAUGGGUGACACACCAGAGCAUAAUAGACCAAAGGCUGGUCCCCUUGGUAAAAAAAGCAGUUACAUUAAUUGA